GUUUAGAUUCUGUUUGAAAAAUUCUCCCAUUCAAUAAUGAAUUAUGCAGAUGGUGUGCUUGCUCAGUUAGGACUUGGGGGCAGCAGCUCUUAUAUAUACAAGACCGACAUAGAAAUUAAGAAACAUCAAGGUAAUCACUAAAGCUCCGUUAAUGGCUGACAACACCCUCCUACUAAUCUUAUGGAUUCCAUUUCUCCUCCUUCUCCCUUUACUACUGCUUUUACUGAGAAAGCAGAUCAAUAAGCCACAAAAGCACUUCCCACCAAGCCCUCCUAAGCUUCCCAUUAUAGGCAACCUCCACCAGUUUACUCAAUCUGGUUCAUCACUUCAUCAAAACCUAUGGAGACUAUCACAGAAAUACGGACCACUCAUGCUCCUACACAUGGGUCGCAGACCGACCCUCAUAAUCUCAUCAGCUGAAGCAGCAAAACAGACCUUGAAAGAUAAUGAUCUCCACUGUUGCAGUAGACCGGCCUCCUUGGGAUCUCGCAGACUCACAUUUAACUAUCUAGACAUAGCAUUUUCGCCUUACGGUGAAUAUUGGCGAGAGAUAAGAAAGAUAUGUGUGCAUGAGAUUUUCAGUGCAAAAGGGGUUCAGUCGUAUAGGUCUAUUAGAGAAGAAGAAGUCGUGAAGAUGAUUGAUUCAAUCUCUGACGCAUCAGCUUCAUCUUCUCCUGUUAACCUUACUGAGAAGUUGUUUGCUCUCAUGAGCAGUAUAAUUUUCAGGAUUGUUUUCGGGACAAGUUUCCAAGGGAGCGAUUUGGAGCAUGAAAGAUUUCUUCGAGUGCUUCUUGAUAGUCGAGAUAUGCUUACAGGCUUCUCAUCAUGCGCAGCUGAUUUCUUUCCUCCAUGUAUCGGGUGGAUCAUAGACAGGAUCUCCGGUAAACAUAGAGAGUUUGACAGAGUUUCCAGGGAAGUUCAUCGCUUUUUUCAGCAAGCGAUUGAUGAUCAUCUCAGGCCUGGGAGGACACAACAGGAGCAUGAAGAUAUAGUUGAUGUGCUGCUUAAAAUGGUCAAGAAGCAAACUGAGAUUGGAGCUGCUCAGCUUGGUCAUAAUAACAUCAAGGCAGUUCUCUUGGAUUUGUUUUUAGGAGGAGUAGACACCACUGCAACUGCCAUGGUUUGGGCAAUGGCAGAGCUAGCUACGAAUAUAAGAGUGAUGAAGAAAGCACAGGAAGAAAUUAGAAACUGCAUUGGAAAUAAAGGAAAAGCCACUGAAAUUGAUACAGAGCAGCUGCAGUACCUCAAGAUGAUAGUGAAAGAAACACUUCGACUACAUCCAUCAGGUCCCCUACUUCUUCCAAGAGAAACCAUGUCCCACUUCAAAGUCCUCAGCUAUGAUGUUGACCCCAAAACAACAAUCCUUGUUAAUGAUUGGGCAAUCUCACGAGAUCCAGAAUUUUGGAACGACCCAGAAAAGUUCAUUCCGGAAAGAUUUGAUGAUAGGUCUGUUGAUUUUAAAGGGCAACACUUUGACUUCUUGCCGUUUGGAGCUGGUCGAAGAAUCUGUCCAGGGAUUUAUAUGGCAGCGACGACAAUGGAGCUUGCACUUGCCAAAUUGUUGUGCUGCUUUGAUUGGAAAGUGCCUGAUGGAAUGAAUGAGGAAGAUAUCAAGAUGGAAGAAACAACCCAUGGGGUAACUAUUUGCUUGAAAAAUCCUCUCAACCUUGUCCCUAUGAGAUAUUCUUGUUAGGAAAUAGGAAUUAUGGUCAUGACUUUUCUGCUCGGGUUGAUUAUCGUUCUGCUUCGCUGGUUUGGAUCAUUGUUAUUUGUUUUAUUGUUCAGGCUAGCAAGCCUACUAGAAUGCUGUUUUUUUCUUUUGUAUUGUUUCUUCAGGGAGGUGGUUUUGGCCUAGUCCCCCACCUCUUGUUAUGUAAUCUGAUUGUUGCUGUUUAUUAGUAAUAUAUCUAGCAAGGGACGGGAGGUGGGCUCCCGGUUGUAGUGGUUCCCCUA